CACUCUUAUCAAGUUACCCAAUUAAUAGAAACAUACUUAACGUGCAAGGUUAUGCCCAGAAAUCUCAGUCGGAUUCGGGACCUUUUCCAGAGCGGAACAAAAUAAUAAAAGAACCUACAAAUAUGGUUCGAAGUAGAAUUGUAAUAGCUUUUGUGGUUUUUAUAAAUCUUUGCCUAUUGAUUCACCUGAUAAGCAACCAACAAAACCAUACCCCAAAAACCAUCGAACCUCAACGAGAAUUUAAAACAGAAAGAAAGGAAGAUCCCCUUAUGGAUUUCGCGAAUUUUUCCUAUAUAAUUGAGCAGCCACCUUGCCAAAUGGAAACCAAAGGACUAAUUUUAAUUCACUCCGCUCCGAAAAAUUUUGAAAAACGUGCAGUGAUACGUGAGACGUGGGGAGGUGUUAAUUCCAUUGAACAAUCACCACUUCGCAUUAUGUUUGCGUUCGGAAAAUCUGAAAAUAUUAUCCUCCAAUCGUCCUUGAUUUUGGAACAAUCUUUAUUUGGUGACCUUCUGCAAGGGAAUUUCAUAGAUUCCUACGAUAAUGUGACCUAUAAGCACGUAAUGGUUUUGAAAUGGUUCAACACAUAUUGCGAUAGUGCCAAACUUUUGAUAAAAGUUGACGAUGACGUAUUCAUAAACACCGGCAAACUUAUCGAAAACCUCGUAGAUCCGAAACCUCCAACUAAUGAGCUCGAUACUUUUCUCCAAAAGAGGGAAAGUUUAUUGUUUUGUGGAUUAAAUAGACGGAAUCCUGUAAUCCGAAAUCCGAAUUCAAAGUGGUAUGUGAGCAUUGAAGAAUACCCUGACGAUUACUAUCCGGAAUGUUGUGCGGGUUUCGCGAUAAUCUACUCUCCCGAUACUGUAAAGAGACUUUACGAAGAGGCUCAGAAAGCGUCCUACUUCAGAAUAGAUGAUGUUUAUAUUACUGGAACAAUGUCGAAACGAGCCAAUAUCACUAUUACUAACCUCAGUCCUUUUGUGAUCACCGAAUCACAGCGGAAUGCUCUCGUAAAAGGAGAAAUAUCUGAGAACUCUAUUGACUUUUUGGUGUCCUUUCAUAAUAUUAAGAUUAAUGAGAUGAAAUCACUCUGGGCGGUAAAACGACCAGAAAAGGAUUAAGUUAUUUUUAAGAUGUUAUUAUUAAAUUAUUUUAUUUUAAAGAUAUCUUUUCAUAUAAAAAUAGUCUUUACCAGUCUUAUAGAUAAGAUAAAAUAAUAGUGAUGAAGAAAUUUGCCAACAAAACUAGUUUUUAAUUAUUAUUUUUAAGCACUAUUGUACUUUUUGAAAAAGUCAUCUUCAAUUAAGAGUUACAUUUGCUGACAAAUUAUCUGAUGGUAAUAAUCUCUUAGAAUGUUUCUACAAAAUAAACUAAGACUUUAAUAGAACGAUAAUAAAUAACUAACAACACUAUCAGUAAAAAAAAAUAAAGGGGAUUUUUCAAACAAAGUCUAAAUCACUAAAAAUAGUUUCAUUAUCAAUAUUUGCUUUGCAAUAAAAUUACAUUUUUUUACAUUUAUGAUUGCAAAAUAAUUGAUUCUUAACAAAUAUUUUGAUAUUUUUGA